AUGGAGGACGAAAACCGAAACUCGACUAUUGGGAAUAAAAUCUCUAAAAUCGAGAACGAGGAGGAUAACAAGCCACUAGAAGUUAUCGAAGAAGGCAGCGAUGCAAUGGAGGUCAAUGACAGCGAGAAUAUCAACGAAGAUGGCUACAAAGAUGUCUCGGUAGAUGGGGAAAUGGACGCGGACAUGGACGACGAUAUGGACAACUAUGAAAACGACGACUUCGAAUUCGACGACACGGACGAUGAGAAUGAGAAGGACCUUCAUCAUUACUAUACUGAGGACGAGGACGAUUACGGCGACGAUUAUGACGGUGACUUUGAUGACGACUUUGAUGAAGACUUUGAUGACGAGUAUUACAAGGGAUUCAUUGUGGAGCCUGAGGAGAAGGUUCAAAACUACAUCGACAAUGCCUAUCUCCAGAUGGACUAUUCCGAUGACGAAUCGGAUCGCAACAAUGGCAGCGACUCUGAUUUUGACACCGAUUCGGAGUUUUUCUUCGAAUCUGAGUCGGAGGAUUAUAGCGAGACCGAAACCGACUCUGGCAUUAGUUCCACCGAAUUCUCCGAUUGA